AUGUUUAACCAAUUAGGCGGGGGUUCGAGCAACCCUAACAAGGAUUUAGAAGUCAUGUCGCCACCAGACGACACUGUCUCGGCACUUGAAUUUUCACCACCUUCGUUACAGCAGACAUUCCUUAUCGCCGGCAGCUGGGACUGUCGGGUGAGAUGUUGGGAAGUAGAGGCAUCGGGCAAGACAGUGCCCAAAGCGGCACAAGCUAUGGAAGGACCAAUACUAGAUGUGGCAUGGCAUGAUGAUGGAACAAAGGUGUUCAUGGCAUCUACAGACAAGAGUGUCAAGUGCUGGGACCUAGCCUCGAAUCAAACAGUACAGGUGGCAGCUCACGAGGCGCCGGUCAAGACAUGCCACUGGAUCAAGGCGCCCAACUACACGUGCCUCAUGACGACCUCAUGGGACAAGACCAUCAAGUUCUGGGAUACUCGCAGCUCCGUGCCCAUAAUGAACAUGAAUCUGUCUGAACGCUGUUAUUGUGCUGAUGUGGAUUACCCAAUGGCGGUGGUGGGCACUGCAGAUCGAGGUAUUUGCCUUUACUCAUUGGAGGGCAAGCCGGCCGAGUACAAGCGCGUGGAAUCACCCCUUAAGCACCAGCAUCGCUGUAUCGCCAUCUUUAAGGAUAAGAAGACCAAACAGCCCACUGGCUUCGCCCUGGGUUCUGUUGAAGGCAGGGUGGCAAUACAGUAUGUCAAUCCUACUAACCCAAAAGACAACUUCACAUUUAAGUGCCACCGACCACCCGCCACCACUGGCGGAUACCAGGAUAUCUACGCCGUAAACGACAUUGCGUUCCAUCCAGCACACGGGACGCUGGCGACCGUGGGGUCAGAUGGCUCCUUCUCGUUUUGGGACAAGGAUGCGCGCACCAGACUUAAGUCCUCGGAGAUGCUAGACCAGCCACUUACCAAGUGCGCUUUCAAUCACAACGGACAGAUCUUCGCGUACGCCGUGGGGUACGAUUGGUCUAAGGGUCACGAGCACUUUAACCCUGCCAAGAAGAACUUUAUCUACCUGCGCGCGUGUUACGAGGACCUGAAGCCGCGAUCCACGUGA